GACGGCUGUCUGCUCCGCGUUAAUUAUUAAAAAUUGGGUGUUUCGAACGCGAAAUAUAGUGAAAAAAGUGUUUAAUUGUCUAGCCAAAAGCAACAGCCUCACGUUGCAGCGGUAAUAUUGAGCAAAAAUAUAUCGAAAACGUGCGCAAUUGUCAAUUUAGUAUCCGCCUGUUAACCAGCCCAAAAAGAGGCGGAGAAAUUUCAGUGAAAAGGCAUAGAAAAUGCCAUAAAGUGUUAUCCAGCGUUAGAUUAGCUGCUGGUAGAGCUUGUGUUAAAACAUAAGAAAAACGACGGUUUUUUUUGGAGACACACUCAUAUACGAAAACACGUACAUACAUAUACAUACAUAGGCAGCAUAUGUAUUGAGUAUUGUCUGCGUUCGCAUCGAUUGCCCAGCAGCUCAAUAUUGAGCAUAAAGUAUUAUAAAUUAUCGUGUGUAAAGUGCAAUACACUUUUCCAAAACACACACACACUAAAAAACACCACCCAAUCAAGUGCUAGCGCGUUCGUGUGUGCGUGUAUUGUUGUUGCAAACGAAAGAAAAUUGUGAAAAGUGCAUUUUACAUGAUUGCUACACUAAGGGCCGUUGGCUGCUGUUAGGAGUUGCCGUCGUCGCAGUCGUCAUCGUCGCAGUUUUCAUCAAAACGUUGUCUCCGAGCCAAUAUGCAUUGGCGCACACAAGAACAACAACAACAACAACAACAAUGCCAAAAAUCAACUUGCAGCAGACUGAGACUGAGAGUGCAACAGACUAAGAACAGCAACAACUGUAACUGUAGCGAGCAGAAGAAUUGCAACAACAACACACACACUACAACAAGCACUGCCUCAAUUAACUAAGCUCGCUUCACUGAACAACACUUUUGACACUUUGAGACUAAUUGUUGCUGUUGUUGUUUGUCAUUGUUGCUGCCAACUAUUGAGCAACAGAAACAAACACAUCAACAACAACAACAACACAACUUGUAAAUUUAUUGACUUAGCCGUUGCUGGAAGACCUCACACACAUACAUAUACAUAUAUAUAAAGAGAGUCAGGAUCGGAACAAGGCAGCCACUCAAGCCAAGCCCUUGAGCAGCCACACGUGGAAUGUUGGAAUAUCCACAGCAAUUUGCGCGCAAUUUCCCCGAUUCCUCAAGCAGUUCGCAGAAACAACAGCAACAACAACAGCAUUCGCAGCAGUAUCCGCCACAACCGCCGCAGCAUCAGCAGGCGUUCUAUCGUCAGCAGCAACAACAACAACAACAGCAGCAGAAGACAGCACCUGGCUCUCCAGCUCAUCAUCAACGUCACACAUCGCUGUCGCAGCAGGCGCUGCAGCAUCAUCGCACACUGUCGACGGCAUCCAGCUGCAGUGCACAGCACAAAAGUGUGACCUUUGGUCAGUCACCGAGCAGCGGCUGCCCGCCGAUCGACUACAGCAACGGCAGCAGCAGCGGCAAUUCCAGUUGCAGCGCCGCUGGCAACGCUGGACAUACACAAUCAAUGGCGGGCAACAUGAAGCACGGCAAAUCUCAAGAAGACGUUUGCUACGUGGUAGCCAAAUACGAUUAUGCGGCCCAGGGGGCUCAGGAGCUGGAUUUGCGUAAGAACGAGCGCUAUUUGCUGCUCGAUGAUUCGAAGCAUUGGUGGCGCGUACAGAAUAGUCGCAAUCAGUCCGGCUAUGUGCCCAGUAAUUAUGUGAAAAAGGAGAAGCCGUCGCUCUUCGACAGCAUCAAGAAAAAAGUGAAAAAGGGAUCUGGUUCAAAGACGCUUCCAAAUUGUUCACCGUCUCGCCAAAUCGAAAGUCCAACCAUGUCGCGUCGCUUGCCACCCGAUCCGGCCGAGGCCAUUGGCACAGCCAUCGUCAAAUAUAACUACCAGGCGCAACAGCCCGAUGAGCUCUCCUUAACGAAGGGCACACGCAUACUUAUACUGGAGAAGUCGAAUGAUGGCUGGUGGCGUGGUCAGAGCGGCAAUUCGGUGGGCUGGUUUCCAAGCAACUACACAACCGAAGAUUGUGAUAAUGAUGGUGAGAUCCACACUUACGCCAUGGCCGAGAAUGUGCUUGACAUUGUGGUGGCGCUCUAUAGCUUCACUUCGAACAACGAUCAAGAGCUCUCGUUCGAGAAGGGGGAUCGUCUGGAGAUUGUCGAUCGUCCUGCCUCUGAUCCAGACUGGUUCAAAGCACGCAACAACCAGGGCCAAGUCGGUUUAGUUCCACGCAAUUAUCUACAAGAGUUGAAUGACUAUUUGGCCACACCCUAUCGCAACACUAGUGGCGGAGCAGCCGGCAAUGGGAAUGGCGGCAGCAACGGUGGUGCCGGCGGCGGUGAUUCCAUGGAGCGACGAAAUGAGGGCAACAAACCAUCGCAGCCCUCACAGCCCAUUGAGCGUCCCAAUUUGGCGGGCAAAUCCUGGUACUAUGGCGCCAUAACACGCAGCCAAUGCGAUACCGUGCUCAACGGACAUGGACACGAUGGCGACUUCCUCAUCAGAGACAGUGAGACUAAUAUGGGUGACUAUUCGGUUUCUCUAAAGGCUCCCGGCCGCAACAAGCAUUUCCGAGUGCAUGUGGAGCAGAACAUGUACUGCAUUGGCCAGCGUAAAUUCCAUUCUCUAGACCAGCUGGUCGAUCAUUACCAAAGAGCCCCCAUCUAUACGAACAAGCAGGGCGAGAAGCUGUAUUUGGUGCGACCAUUGCCGAAGGCCAAUGGCACGUAAGCUGCUGCGACAGCUGCUGCCAUCGAUCGUUGCGUAACCUACUCAUCUAAAUAGGGCUUAUUCUCGAAACAUAUGCAUAUAUAUAUAUAUAUAUACAUACAAUAUAUAUACGAAAGGCAAAACCAUACAUUAAUUCAAUGAUAUACCAAGGCAGUACAUUACAAGUAUAAUGCAAGAAAACUCAAUGCAAGUAAGGAAAAGAGCAAGUGUGCUCGUAAAUGAAAAAAUUGUGUAGUUCAAUAAUACUUUUGUCACUCUUAUGCUUUCGCAUUUUUUGCAAUACAUAAUAACAUUUGAUAACGAUGUGUGUGUGUAUAUAUAUAAAUCGGCUGGUUUUCUAAUGCGUUACAUUGUCAACACAGACGGCAAAGAACAAAACUAAGAAAAUAAAAAAGAAGCAAACCUUGUAUAACAAAGGAUAUAAGGGACAGAAAAGCAGACAAGCAGUUAGUCGUCAGCCAGAGUAGUAACAGACUUUUUGUACUUUUAUAAAAUUAAAUAAAUUAAAUUAUAUAUAUAUUUAAAGCUUAAUUAGGCAUUGGCUAUGUUUGUACUUUUACGUUUACACUAUGCCUAUUUUUGUAAACAAGAAAUCUCUAAGAAAUCUCUAAUGAAUAGUUCACAAUUCAAUUCAAUCAUUUCUAGAUGUCCACAUCAACCUAACAUACAUAUAUACAAACAAACAAACAAACAUACAUACAUGUAUUGCACAUAAAUAAAGAGUAUUAAAGAUUGUAGGAAAGUACACACACAGUCAAGUAAACAAAAGAAUACAAAUGCUUUUAAACAACAAUUGUAAUACAGAGAAAACAAAGAGAAAAUGGGAAAACAAACAUGUAUCCAGCGACAAAGCUAAGAAAGUUACAUGAGCAUCAUUCAUAGAUAUAUAUAUAUAUAUAAAUAUAUAUAGAUGUGUAAACUA